AUGGAUGAUGCCAAACGCUUUUUUUAUGGAGAGAGAGUUAAGGGGACUUCUGCGGGACUUAUGAGAUGUGUACCUGGCUGUGGGCAACGGAGGAGGUGGAAGCCAGUUUUGUCUUUCUAUCUAUCUUUCAAAAAUUCAUAUUAUGAAUCUGAAAAAUGGGUUGAGAUUUUCCAUAAUGAAAGAUGGCAUAAUUUUUCUAAUCAUAAGGCCAAUAUAGAUUUGUUCUAUUCACCUUCACCCAUUAUUAUACCCGCAAUGAUUGGCCAUAUGACUGCUACAAUGAGUGAAAAUUUAAGGACGGCUGCAGCAUCCGUAGAUUUGAGACUGGGUGAAAUAUUUGGUAACGUCAAUUUGAUUUUUUUUGAAGUUAUGGGUAAACAUAAUUCUUCCAAGGCUUUUGAGAAUGAGGAUGGAAGGAAAUUAGCUAAAGAAAAUAGUCCUCGUGGAAGUGAAGAUUGGGUAGAAUCGUGGGAAACUGAUUUUGAGGGGCUGGAGAACACGUCCGAGCAAAAUCUGUUACAUGAGUAUCAUCAAGAACAACAACUGAUAGAAGAGUUUGGCAGUUUACAUGAUUUGUAUCUCGAUAUUGUUUCACCUCCUUUUCAAUCCAGUGAGGAGGGCAUUAAUCAGCUUGUCGGUAUCGAAUCUCAAACUUCCAUGCUUAUCGAACCCAAGAAAGAAAGGCCGCGUGGGCUCAAAAGAUUAAAUGUACAGAGCCAUGAAACAAAUUGCACUAAGAUCAAUUUUGGGUUAUCAUCUGUUGAUUCAAUUAUCAAGUUGGCUGCUGUAAAGUUUCUUCAAUCCAAUUCCUCUAGCAGCGAUGAGCUCUCUGUGCUUAGCCAUCCAUAUGCCAGUUCAUUUUUGGGCUCCGCCAAAGAAGAAAUGGACAAAGAUGUUCAACUUGUUCAAGGUCUUCUAUUUUGUGCUGAAAGAGUAGGUAAUAAACAGUAUGAUUCUGCAAGGAAGCUCCUCGAAAGUUGUCACAUGCUCAGCUCCAUUAAAAAGAGUACCAUCCAAAGAGUAGUGUAUUAUUUCACUGAAGCUCUUUACGAGAAGAUCGAUCGGGAGACUGGAAGAAUUAAAGGAAAUGAUUUGGCGGAGAAGCAGUCACUUGAUGUGGAAAAAAAAUUGAUGAAUCUGAAUCCUAUCGUGCUUGCAUUUCACAAAGGAUUUCCUCUCUCCCAGGUUAGUCAAUUUUCAGGAAUUCAAUCCAUAAUCGAGCAUGUAUCGAACUUUAGCAAGGUGCAUAUUAUUGAUCUCAAGAUCUGGACUGGGAUGCAUUUCACAAUUUUAAUGCAAGCUCUUGCAGCUCGAUGCGAGUGUCCUAUCAAUCAUCUUAAGAUAACUGCGGUCGGGACAAAAUCUAAGCCAUUGAUUGAGGAGACAGGAAGACAAUUAAAAAGCUUUGCAGAGUCCUUGAAUUUGAACUUCUCUUUUAAUAUAAUCAUGGUAGAAGAUAUCCUAGAUCUCACUGAAAGUCUCUUUGAUCUUGAUGCUGAUGAAGCAGUUGCAGUCUAUGCAGCAUAUGUUUUGAAGUAUAUGAUUGCACAAGAAGAUAGACUGGAAUCUUUGAUGAAAGUGAUUAAAAAUAUCAAUCCCUGUGUGAUGAUUGUCAUUGAAUCUGAGGCAAAUGAUAAUUCUCCAUAUUUCGUGAAUCGUUUUGUGGAAGCUCUUUUUUUUUAUGGUGCAUUCUUUGAUAUCCUGGAAGAGUGUAUGAAUCAUGAUGAAUCAAACAGAACCAUUUCUGAAUCAAAAAUCUUUAGUCCCGCUAUAAGGAACAUUGUGGCGGCUGAGGGAGAGGAAAGAAGGUUCCGGCAUGUGAGUAUAGACAUUUGGAGGUCAUGUUUUGAAUGGUUCGGGAUGGUGGAGAUAGAGCUGAGCAUGUCAUCUAUUUAUCAAGGGAGUCUUCUCCUUAAUAAUUUUUCUUGUGGAGGUUCUUGCUCGAUCGAUAAGGAUGGGAAAUGUCUAAUUUUCGGCUGGAAGGGAACGCGACUUAAUUCAGUAUCUGCGUGGAAAUUUGGAUGA